UUUAAGCAUUGCUGUGGACGUCGUUUAAUUUCGCCGAUUUUUUUCUGUUUAAUAAUAUUUAAAUAAAUAAAAAUAUUUGUUAGAAAACAGCUUAAUAAGUAACUUUUCGUAAUGACUAUAAACACCGCUACAUCCUUAUCCAUGGAAAUUGAAUUUCCGGAUGAAGAUAUUCCCUACGAAGAGGAAAUCCUACGCAAUGCUUAUUCUGUGAAACAUUGGCUGCGUUACAUAGAUCACAAAUCCCGGGCACCCAACAAUGCCGUGAAUAUUGUCUACGAAAGAGCUUUGAAAGAAUUGCCUGGAAGCUAUAAAAUUUGGUACAAUUACUUGCGUACUCGAAGGAAGCAGGUUCGAGGCAAAUGCAUCACUGAUGCCAUGUAUGAAGAAGUCAAUAACACCUUUGAGCGUGCACUUGUAUUUAUGCAUAAAAUGCCACGCAUUUGGAUGGAUUAUGGUACAUUUAUGACAUCGCAAUGUAAAAUUACACGCACUAGACAUGUUUUCGAUAGAGCUUUACGUGCUCUGCCUGUCACACAACAUCAUCGCAUAUGGCCUUUGUAUUUGAAGUUUGUUAAGAGAUACGACAUUCCUGAGACGGGUGUAAGAAUUUUUCGUCGCUAUUUGAAAUUGGCUCCCGAUGAUGCAGAGGAGUAUAUUGAAUAUUUGUUAAGUGUAAAUCGUUUGGAUGAUGCUGCCCAACAACUGGCUAGCAUUGUGGACAAUGAGCACUUUGCCUCAAAGCAUGGCAAGUCAAGUCAUCAACUUUGGACAGAAUUGUGUGAGCUGAUAUCGAAAAAUCCGGAUAAAGUACAUUCGUUAAAUGUGGAUGCCAUUAUAAGGGGUGGUCUUAGGAGAUAUACUGAUCAACUAGGUCAUCUUUGGAAUUGUUUGGCUGACUACUACGUACGCUCUGGCCUUUUCGAUCGUGCCAGAGAUAUCUAUGAAGAAGCCAUACAAACUGUACGCACAGUACGUGAUUUCACUCAGGUUUUCGAUGAAUAUGCCCAAUUUGAGGAACUUUCUUUGAAUAAACGCAUGGAAAUAGUAGCCAAUGAUCCGGAUGCCACAGAGGAAGAUGACAUAGAUGUUGAAUUGCGUUUGGCGCGUUUUGAGCAUCUCAUGGACCGACGUCUACUGUUGUUAAAUUCCGUGUUGCUGCGUCAAAAUCCUCAUAAUGUUCAUGAGUGGCACAAACGCGUUAAGUUGUAUGAGGAUAAACCCCAUGAAAUCAUCAACACCUAUACAGAAGCUGUACAGACAGUUCAGCCUAAGCUGGCUGUGGGUAAAUUGCACACACUUUGGGUUGAGUUUGCCAAAUUUUAUGAAUCGAAUGGUCAAGUAGAUGAUGCACGUGUUGUUUUCGAAAGAGCCACUGAAGUUGAGUAUGUCAAAGUGGAGGACUUGGCCAGUGUUUGGUGCGAAUGGGCUGAAAUGGAAAUACGCCAAGAAAACUUCGAAGAAGCCUUGAAGCUUAUGCAAAAGGCCACAGUUAUGCCGAAGCGCAAGGUGGCCUAUCAUGACGACACCGAAACUGUGCAAAUGCGACUUUACAAAUCUCUCAAGGUGUGGUCUAUGUAUGCCGAUCUCGAGGAAUCUUUUGGCACUUUCAAAACUUGUAAGGCGGUCUAUGAUCGCAUUAUAGACUUGAAAAUUUGUACGCCACAAAUUAUUAUUAACUAUGGCCUCUUCUUGGAGGAACAUAAUUACUUUGAAGAAGCUUUCAGGGCCUAUGAAAAGGGCAUAGCCCUCUUUAAGUGGCCUAAUGUUUAUGACAUAUGGAAUGCUUAUCUAACAAAGUUCCUCAAGCGCUAUGGCGGCUCCAAAUUAGAAAGAGCACGUGAUUUAUUCGAGCAAUGUUUGGAAAAUUGCCCACCGGAACAUGCAAAAUAUUUCUAUUUGUUGUAUGCCAAAUUGGAGGAAGAUCAUGGUUUGGCUCGUCAUGCCAUGGCUGUGUAUGAUAGGGCUACCAGCGCAGUUAAACAAGAGGAAAUGUAUGACAUGUAUAAUAUUUUUGUCAAAAAGGCUGCAGAAAUUUAUGGUCUGCCACGCACUAGAGAGAUCUAUGAGAAGGCCAUUGAAUGUUUGCCGGAGGAGAAUAUGAGACACAUGUGCGUACGUUUUGCUGAAAUGGAAACCAAAUUGGGAGAGGUUGAUAGAGCCAGGGCAAUAUAUGCCCAUUGUUCGCAGGUUUGUGAUCCUCGCAUUACCGCCGACUUUUGGCAAACUUGGAAAGAGUUUGAAGUGCGCCAUGGCAACGAAGACACUAUGCGGGAGAUGUUGCGUAUCAAACGUUCUGUUCAGGCCACUUAUAAUACCCAGGUUAAUAUGAUGGCAGCUCAGUUUAUGACCUCAGGCAAUACGGCAGCAGAUGCGGCUGGUUCCGAUGCUAUGCGACAAUUGGAUGCCAGAGCUAAAGAGGUUGCAGCUGCAGCCAACAAUCAGCAAGCUAAUAAGCCACCAGCCCCAACACCAACUAAGCCACAAAAUGCCAGCAACAUAAUGUUUGUGCGUGGCGAAACUCAAGGUGGCUCUGCCAAGGAUAAAGUGGUUAAUCCAGAUGAGAUUGAUAUUGGUGACAGUGAGGAGGAGGAAGAUGAAGAGGAGGAUGACGAUGGAAAUGCUAGUGAGACGGAACGAAAUGAAGCAGCCACACGCAAGGAUGAUAAUGAUCUGAUUAUGAAGAAAUUGAGAAUCGAACAAAAGUCAAUACCGGCCAAGGUGUUUGGAGGUCUCAAAACCAAGGCCAAUGAAGAUGAGGAGGAUGAUUAGAUAGAAUGGAUAAAAGCAAAAAGAAUACA